CUGCCGUCCCGAGGGACUCCUGAGCUCACAACAUUGAACUCAUUAACAUGUAAACAAACCCAUUAGUCCACGCAUGUGCUCUUAACUGAGGGAUACUUCUGAGGAGUCCUGUGGCAGUGGCUCCACACAAAGAAUGGGCGUGAGUUGCCAGUUGAAAGGGAGCUCGGAGACUUAUGCUUUGUUGCACCAGCGAUUUGAGCGCUCAGUUUACAAUCUGCGAGAGAAAGGAGAGCAUGCCAGCGAGAUGGAUAGCACAGGAUUUACAACAAGAGUUGCCUGAACACUCUCCCCAACCCAACUAAGACGCACAGGAGGGAGGGAAGUCCGAGCCAGAGAGUGUCUGAGUGCAUCUGUUUGUCAGAGGGUGUUUGAGAGAGUCGGGGGGAAUCACAGACAGAGGAAAAGAGAAGGGAAGAGAGAGAAGGGAGUAAGUCUGGACCAGGUGAUCGAGUACUUACAAACCUCCAAGGGGCUGCCGGGUUGUAACAGUGUGUAAGGGAUCAACGAUCCGACCAUGGUGCCAGCGCGCUGCCCGGGACCCUAUGCCAUACUGGCAUUAGCCCUACUCUUGGGAUGCGGCUUGGUUCUCUGCUUGGGCCAGAAUGAGACGGAGCCCAUCGUGCUCGAAGGAAAAUGUCUUGUGGUGUGCGACUCGAACCCUUCUUCGGACGGAGCGGUCACCUCCUCACUCGGCAUAUCAGUCCGCUCCGCUGGAGCAAAGGUGGCUUUUUCUGCCGUGCGUGGGACUAACCACGAGCCGUCUGAGAUGAGCAACACGUCUAUGACCAUCUAUUUUGACCAGGUUUUAGUGAACAUCGGGAACCAUUUCGAUCUCAAAGCAAGUGUUUUCCAGGCUCCAAGGAGAGGAAUAUAUAGUUUCAGCUUUCACGUGGUAAAGGUCUACAACAGACAAACCAUACAGGUGAACCUGAUGCAGAAUGAUUUUCCAGUUAUAUCAGCAUUCGCCGGUGACCAGGACGUUACGAGAGAGGCGGCCAGCAACGGAGUACUGCUGAUGGUUGAACGUGACGACCGGGUUUAUCUGAAGCUGGAACGGGGCACUCUAAUGGGCGGAUGGAAAUACUCCACCUUCUCAGGCUUUCUAGUCUUUCCUCUAUAAUCUAAUCUGCGAUGACUCACGUCGCAGGGGACUCUACUUACGUUGUGGAACAAAAACAGAAAACAAAAAAUAAUUUAAAAAAUGUCUUUUAUUUUUAACUUAUAAAUAAACUGUCAGCCAAGGAAGCCGACGAAUAUCUGUAUACCUACACUCGUCCGCUAUAGUCAAGUAUGAACGUUUUCUUGGAGUCAUAUAUUCAAAUCCAUCAGUCAACUUUAACCCUAUCUGGAUGAUUAAACAUAUCGAUCGGCCAGUGGCGUAUGCUUGUCGGGUAUGUGGAUUUUUUUCUUGCUUGGAAAACAAACUAUGCCAACAGGUGAAUGCGUGUUCCUGAGCGAAUCGGACAAGGGAGAAGAUUAAAAGUGGAAGAGUUGAUGCCCUGGACAGGCCAAGUGUGUUAUGCUCUAUUUUAUGUUUGUAUCGCCUUAAAGAAUAGGCCUAUGCGGUUUCUGUCAACGUGAAUUAGCCUGUAUGGAACUAUGGACAUCCAGAGAAGAAGUGCUUUCACACACCCAAGGCAUUUUUUUUGCACGGAUGGAAGGUUUUUUUCUUUAUGUUUUGUGCUGUCAGUGGUAUUGCUUUUGGAUGCUGAACAUAUUUAAAUUAUGUCAAAUAUAGGCCACCGACGAGUUUAUUAAAAGAGAAAAAAGGCGACCUAUUUCAGCCACCGGAGACGACUUAGAGCCCUUUUAUUUAAGAAAAGGAAUAUACAUGUAUAUAUGAUUUAUAAGGUACAUAUUUACAUUAUCGCGUGUUCUGCAUUUCGGACUCUGCGUAGCUUUGACUUUAAUGUUCAGUGACGUUGCUCACCAAAUGUACAUUGUGGAAAUGAUAGAAGAAUCCCUAUAUGUUGCGCUUAAUAAAAUAUAUUGUAUUGUAUAAGCUGAGCGCAUGUAUCACUUUACACAACUUCACCCUUAAAGGUAAUAAAGUGGAGAAAAUGAUUA